CAGCUCAGCCCUCAUCAUUGCUCUGCAACUCAAAACAGCAGCUGCCGAGACCACCUUGAGAAGAGGAUGAUCCUGAACAGAGCUCUGAUUCUAGGGGCCCUGGCCUUGACCACCAUGAUGAGCCCCUCUGGAGGUGAAGACAUUGUGGCUGACCACGUUGGCUCUUAUGGCAUAAACGUCUACCAGUCUUACGGUCCCUCUGGCCAGUUCACCCAUGAAUUUGAUGGAGAUGAGCAGUUCUACGUGGACCUGGAGAAGAAGCAGACUGUCUGGCAGCUGCCCCUCUUUAGCAAAUUGUUAACUUUUGACCCCCAGGGUGCACUGAGAAACAUAGCUGUGGGGAAACAUAAUUUGGACAUCCUGAUUAAACGCUCCAACUCUACCGCUGCUACCAAUAAGGUUCCUGAGGUGACUGUGUUUUCCAAGGCCCCUGUGAUGCUGGGUCAGCCCAACACCCUCAUCUGUCACGUGGACAACAUCUUUCCUCCUGUGAUCAACAUCACAUGGUUGAGGAACGGACACUCAGUCACAGAGGGUGUUUCUGAGACCAGCUUCCUCUCCAAGAAUGAUCAUACCUUCCUCAAGAUCAGUUAUCACACCUUCCUCCCUUCUGAUGAGGAUGUUUAUGACUGCAAAGUGGAGCACUGGGGCCUGGAUGAGCCACUGCUGAAGCACUGGGAGCCUGAGAUUCCAACCCUUAUGUCUGAGCUGACAGAGACUGUGGUCUGCGCCCUGGGGUUGACCGUGGGCCUCGUGGGCAUCGUGGUGGGCACUGUCUUCAUUAUCCAAGGCCUGCGCUCAGGAGGUCCCUCCAGACACCAAGGGCCCUUGUGAGUCACAGUCCACAAGGGAAGGUGCACUGCCCAUCUACAAGAGCAGAACAGUGAAUGUUCCAGAUGACCUAGAACUAUCCUCUGGCCAAGUUCAUCAUAUACCUUCUCUCCUCCUACCCUCCUCCUCUCACCUCUUCUCUGGGACUUAAGGUGUUAUAUCAUCUCAGAGCUCACAUACCCCUUGGAAUUCUCUCCCUGACCUUAUAAUGUUUUUUUUUGUUUUCUCAAUUGUUACCUAUUUAAAGAUCCCUGAGGUAUCCCACUAGGAACAUGGCCUCUUAUGCUUCAGGCCCAUUUAAUCUCAUUUCCCAGAUUUUGUUUCAUGCACAGUAACAUAGGAGAAACAUGCAUAGACUAAUAAUAUUUUGUUGUCUUAGCCGAGGUUAAUAUUUCUCUCUUCCUUUUGUUCCAAUCCUUAGCCACCGCCACCCAACCCCCAGUUCAUGUAUUAAUAAAGGUAAUAUAUACCCUA